AUGGCCGACGUUCCAGCAACAGCGCAAAACAUCGAAGCAGACCCAGAUCUCUACGACGCAUCCGACUCCAGUAUUGGAGAUGAUGUGUCAACUUAUACCGCAUCAAUAACCAGCAGCAUCGAGAGGUACCCUAUCGAGAAUGGCCGUCGAUACCACGCUUUCAAGGAUGGAAGCUACAUCAUGCCGAACGACGAGAGCGAACAAGAUCGUCUCGACCUAAGCCAUCAGAUGUUCAAGCUCACUAUGGGUAAUAAGCUUUAUCUGGCACCUAUAGAUAUACCAGCUAGAAUCUUGGACAUUGGAACCGGGACGGGCAUCUGGGCCAUCGAAAUGAGCGAUGAGUUCCCAGACACGGAGAUCCUUGGUACUGAUCUAAGCCCAACGCAGCCAACAUGGGUGCCAGUCAACGUCAAGUUCGAGGUCGACGAUCUGGAAGACGAUUGGACGUUCCAACACCAAUUUGACUUUGUCCAUUGUCGCUACCUAGCUGCAGCAAUUUCCGACUGGGAAAAAUUGGUACGCCAAUGUUUCGAAGCCACAAAGCCUGGCGGAUACACCGAAUUCCAGGAUUACAACCUCCGUAUCUACUCCGAAGAUGAGUCAGUCACAUCUGAGCACGCAGUUCGAAAAUGGAACGAUCUCGGAUGUGGUGCCUGUAGGUCCUUCGGCAAGGAUCCAGAGCCAGGCCCAAAGAUUCAAGGAUGGAUGAAGGAUGCGGGCUUUGUAGAUGUGUACCAUGAACGAUUCCGUCUACCCAUUGGACCGUGGCCGAAAGACAAACAUUUGAAAACAGUCGGUGCAUGGAACUUGGUGACACUGGAAGACGGAUUAGAGGGGAUGACCCUUCGCCUUUUGACGCAAGUACUCGGUUGGAGGCUAGAAGAGGUGCACGUUCUCAUUGCGAAGGUUCGCAAGGAUUUCAGAGACCCCAAGAUUCAUGCUCAGCUCGACUUGUGA